AGUUGGUUUGUUCUGCGUUAUGGAGUCGAUUGUCGACUCGCUCGCCCUUGUUAUUACAUCGGACGGUUGUGAUGAUGAACAUGGUGGGAAGGAGAAGACAUGUUGCUGCUCCUGCCGAGAUUCUAGUGCUCGUGAAUCGCCAUCACCCAGUGACUUGUCAGUCAGCCCAUCUUGUGGAGCUACACCAGCUGUAUCGCGUCGUUCUCAUCCGGUCGUGGCGGUGGAGACCCCACCGCCGGUUUGUAUGUAUAGAGCUACCGUGGAGGAGGUUGAAGCUGUCAAGAGAUGCAUUAUUGCAUAUUAUAAACUUCAACGUAUUCGAGGGCAGCAACCAACAAGAGCAACGAUGAACUGUAUCAAUAGCUUGCGAAGAUCAUUAGAUCUCCACAAGCGCCCUUCGCCGUCGCGUAUAGAUACUGUUGGGAGUAACAGCGGGAAACCUCCUAGGUCUCCUCCACGCACAACAUCUGGACAGAAAAUGCUGUCGCCGAAACCACCACGUGUCACCACCAACGCACCUGUGUCACCACCUGGGUAGUAAUUUUCCAUUGUGAAGAUGGUGGUGACAACUGCAGCGACAACUAUCGAAGAUAUUACUUUGCGACUUUCUCGGGGCUUUUUCUAUACUACCAACGAACGACGCCUUUUUCCUCAUUUCGAGUUCUGUCAAGAUCAAAGAGAAGAGCUGAUCUGUCGGCCUGAGGUUGAUAAGGCGAGUCGAGGUAUACUUGUCGUGAAACUACGUUGAUUAAUGUCCCGAGGGGAAUACAUGUUAUAUCGAAUUAUUUCGUUUUUUUUGGAAAUCUUAUUUUUAGAUGUUUUUUGGCCCCACGUUGUUGUCCGUAGUAUGUUUUAGCGGGUAUAUACUUUUCACGAUUUUUUCUAAUAACGCUCACAUAUGUGUCAACGAGAUGAUGUUUUUCUGGUAAUAGGAGAACUCGCCGCGAAGUAGAAUAUAUUUUUUCGAGGACUCCUUCACUAUUGCUACGACUCCGGGUCUUUGUUGCUGUCAUCCUAUGAUGCAUCGCUCCGCCGUUUUUGUUAGUCAGGCGAACGCCUGUUUCUAUCAAGGUUGUGUGGACCGUGAUAGAGCAUAACUGUGAUAUCGAUUCCGCAUGCGGCGGU